UGUACGUGAGAUAUAUGAUGGCCAACUGUUCAUAAAGUUAAAGAAGGGUUUGGAUUUACCUGCCAUGGAUCCGUGGGGAACAAGUGAUCCAUAUGUGGUCAUGCAAAUAUUGGAUGGACAGGUUGCCAAAAGCAAGGUCAAAUGGGGGACAAAAGAGCCUACAUGGAAUGAAGACUUCACUUUUAAUAUCAAGCAGCCUCCAACAAAACUUCUCCAAGUUGCAGCUUGGGAUGCAAACCUUGUUACUCCACAUAAGCGCAUGGGUAAUGCAGGCAUUAGUCUGGAUUGCCUCUGUGAUGGCAAUUCACAUGAAAUAAUAGUGGAGUUGGAAGGAAUUGGUGGUGGUGGAAAGAUACAGCUGGAGGUUAAGUACAAAACUUUUGAUGAAAUUGAUGAGGAUAAAAAAUGGUGGAAGGUCCCUUUUGUUCUGGAAUUUCUUCGGAAACAAGGUUUUGAGUCUGCUCUGAAAAUGGUUGUGGGCUCUGAGUCUGUACAAGCAAGUCAGUUCGUAAAAUAUGCUUUUGGGCAAUUGAAGGCAUUCAAUGACGCAAAGCUUUGGAAGGGUCAGUUUUCAAGUAUUGACAAGUAUGACUCAGGAGAACUGGGGAAAGUAAAUGAUUCUAUCGUGUCAGACAUGGCUUCACAAAUGGAUAACGAUUCAGAAGGAUCUUUUAAUGGCACAGGCUACAACGAAGAGAGCAAAUUAGAGGAUUUUCGUGCAGAUAAUGGUGGUAUGGAGAAUGGAGAUGCCUUGGAACCAGUGACUCCAGUUGGCAAUUCGGUGCAUUCAGAUAAACUUUUUUGGAGGGACUUUGCUGAUGUUAUCAAUCAAAAUGUUGUUCAGAAACUUGGUAUCUCUGUUCCUGAGACACUAAAGUGGGAUGGAUUUGACUUAUUAAGUAGAAUUGGCUUACAGUCACAAAAAAUUGCCGAAGCAGGUUAUAUUGAAUCAGGGCUUGCAACUUCAGAAGGUCCAGAUAGUGAGAUUGAUAAAAAAAUUGGCUCACUUGGCAUUAGCGCAAUUCAGUCUUCAAUACCAGAUAUUAAAAAAUUGACACAGGAUAUAACGAGGCAAACUGAUUCUGUUUUAGGGGCAUUAAUGCUUCUUAAUGCAACAGUUUCUCAAUUAAAGAAGGAUGGACGUCCUCAAGGAAAGAGUGAAACAAAAGAAGAGGCUUUUACCAAACUGGAAGAUAAUAAUGAAGUAGGAUAUUCCGAAAGUGAGAAGCUUUCCAGCUCAAGCAAUGGGUCAGUGGUGGAUGAAAAGAGAGCUGAGGAGAUGAAAGCACUUUUUUUAACUGCAGAAAGUGCCAUGGAAGCUUGGGCAAUGCUUGCCACUUCACUGGGCCAUCCUAGUUUUAUUAAGUCUGAGUUUGAGAAAAUAUGUUUCUUAGACAAUGCAUCCACAGACACACAGGUUGCUAUUUGGCGUGAUUCUGCAAGGAGAAGAUUAGUAGUCGCUUUCAGAGGAACAGAACAAGCACGAUGGAAGGACUUGAGAACUGAUCUGAUGCUUGUUCCUGCUGGGCUAAAUCCUGAAAGGAUAGGUGGAGACUUCAAGCAAGAAAUUCAAGUUCACAGUGGUUUUCUAAGUGCAUAUGAUUCGGUCAGGACAAGGAUAAUUUCUCUAAUUAAACUUGCAAUUGGUUGUAUGCGUGGGGCAAUCUUUGUGACUAUGUAUAACUUUGGCUCUCCUAGAGUUGGUAACAAAAAAUUUGCAGAACUUUAUAACGAGUACUUACAUUUGCAGAAAGUUAAAGAUAGCUGGCGAGUCAUAAACCACAGAGAUAUUAUACCAACAGUCCCCCGCUUGAUGGGUUAUUGCCAUGUAGCUCAACCUGUUUAUCUAGCUGCUGGAGAUCUAACAGAAGCCCUGGUAGCGGUAGGUAGUUUGUUUUGGUCUAUAUACUGGCCAAUUAUUAUUUUUCUUUAGAGUUUUAUAAUGUAUAGAAAACA